CUCUGACCAGGAGGCAGAAGAAGAGUAUUUAAAGUCCCGCAUCUUUUAUCUGCACGCAGUAACUUCCUCCUUGCGACUUCAACAUGAUCUUUACUAUCCUUGCACUGGUGGUGGCGGUCGCGGCGGCAGUGCCCCAGCAGGACCGUCCUAUAGCUAUCCUGAGAGACGACCGCAUUGCUCCCGAGAGCGGGUCCUACUCCUUCCAGUAUGAGACCGAGAACGGCAUCCGCCACACGGAGGACGGCAGCCCCGGCGAGAAGGGCCAGACCAACUCUCAAGGAGUUUACAGCUACUUACUCGACGACGGCAGCGUGGUCGAAGUAACGUACGUGGCCAACGAGAACGGCUUCCAGGCCCAGUCCCCUCUGCUCCCCGUCGCCCCCGCCUUCCCCCAUCCGAUCCCUGAGUACGUGUUGAGGCAGAUUGAGUUCGCUCAGCAACAGGAGAGUUUAUAAGAGAAAGAGUUACGAUUCCUUGGUCGAUGUUCUAGGCUCACUCUGUAUUUUGGUUUGUGUAGCUGUUUGAUAUUAUUAUUAUUAUCUUUUUUUGUGUGUGUUUUUGUAAUGUAAUUUGGUUGAUUGUGUUGUAGUUGUAUUUAAUAAAAGCAUUGAUGUACA